UGGACUGACGAACCAUGCAGUUUGUUGCAGCUUUUUGGAAGAUCGACAUGCAACAGGAUAGUCAGCUUGUUCAUUAAAGUAUGUUACAUUUCAUCAUUUUGUAAAUGAACACUUCUAGCCUCACACAACGCAGCAGGCAGUGAACUCCAGACAGAGAGAGCUUCCAUUGCCUUGUUAACCAACUGCCAGGAAUGCUGGUAAAAAGCAGUACCUCUUGUACAUUCUGUCCAUGUUUUUGUUUUAAUGCAUCUGACAGACAGGGGGCGACAUUACACUUAUUUUCUCAGGAAUGCGCUGAUUCCUCUGCUGAAAAACAGCGUGAAAUCUAUGUUGGUCAACAUAUGUUGGUUUAUGUUGAUCUGGUGCUGGUUUGGCUGGUCAUCCAGCAUAACCACGCAUGCAAAACAAAACAUAUGUUGGUUUUGCUGGUGACCAACCAUGCUCGUCUGGGCUGGAUCGGUCUAUGAAACAACAUUAAAUCCGUGAAAUGGUCAGGACCCACUGGCGGCUCCAAACUUUUAAUUCACACUCCUUUAACAUAUAAAUAACUCAGUCACAGUGCAUUGUCGCACAUGCAGUUAUUGAAUUUUUCUGAAUAAUAAUUGAAAAGGAUAACUUAUCAUGACAGUUUUGUGUCGCGGGCUCUGCUGCUUAGUACAAUGAUGACAGGUCGAGUCUUUGUCCAAACUUUGCCUCAUGUUAAUGCUUGUUAGUGACACGGUAUAGUGCACAUAAGCUAUAUCCUAUACCCAUAACACACAUCGUAUGUAAGCUAUAUUAAUUAUGGAAUAAUUUGAUAGCCGAGGGGUGUCCGUGGACAUUUCAUGUUUCGUGACGUUGCGUCUACUGCUUCGGUUUGUUGAGCACAUGGUGGCUCAUAUUUGCAAGCUGUACUCGGCGGGACCAUCUUAACAGAUUCACUUCUCGUGCUGGUAAGAUAAAAUAAAAUUAAACUGAUUCUUACGCAUAGCUUAAGACAUUGACAGCUGGAACACGUACAUGCUGAAUGGACAGUAAACAAAAUACGUCACGAAUCUAUUUGUCAAGCUUGCUCACUUUUGGAAAGAUUCGUGUUCAUGCAUGUGUUCUUUCUGUGUAGAACCGACACACAUGUAUAGAUAAAGUAGCCUAAAGGCUAUUUUCACAUCGUGUUUUUUGUAGCUUAUUGAAAACACAUUUUAAUUUCAUGAAGAGAUAUGUACAGAUCCACGCCAAAGCAGCAACUUUAGUGACAGUAUUUGUUGAAUUGUUUUAAAGCCAAAUUGCGUUACUUUUUCACUUUGGAUCGAUACAUUGGUGCAUCUCGUGCACGAGCCAAUAUUCAACUGAACGUACAGGCUACCUGUAUUGGUGGUGUGCUAGUUUUUACGUUUGUUGAGGAAAAUAAAUAGCCAAUAAAUAUUAGAUCCAUAUCCAGAAAUCGAGUUAUUUUAUUAAUUUGGAUUAUGUGGAUUUUUUUUCGGUUUAGUCCUUAUGAAGUUUCUGGGUUUAUGCGGUUAUAGGUUUUGCACAGCCCUUUUGGUAAAUGUUGAAAUAUAGAAAUUAUAUUUCCACAUAUAUAACCUUUAACAGUAAUUAACUAGACAAAAACACUGAUGUUACAUUGCCCCUGGGUGUGAGUGUGUGUGUGAUUGUGUGUGUCUGCCCUGCGACAGACUGGCGACCUGUCCAGGGUAUAUCCUGCCUUCCGCCCGAUGCCCGCUGGGACCGCAUUCAGUGGGAUACUACCGAUGUCGAGUGGUGCGAUAAAACUUCAGACUUCCAAUAUGAAGCCUUUUCAAUUACAAGCUGUUUUCAGCGAAGGAUUUUGCAUGCGUCGGCAAACCGAGUGACGACAUUUCAAAAGAAAACUGAACCUUGAAAAUCCUUCGGAUUGACGUGACUUGACCCACCCUAUGAGACGUUCAUCCAAUCAGAUGGGUCCGGGAGGGGUGGGCUUAUGGGUAUUUAAGCUGCAGACCGGGAUUCUCAUCUUACAGGGUUCUUCCUCAUCAGGACACGCAGAAACCUCCAAAGUCAGCAACAUGGUUGAGUGGACAGAAUUCGAGCGCGCCACCAUCCAGGACAUCUUCUCCAAAAUGGAUUAUGAGUCCGUGGGACACAACGCCCUGACAAGGUGUCUGGUCGUGUACCCGUGGACUCAGAGAUACUUCGGCAAGUUUGGAAACCUGUACAACGCCGCUGCUAUCGCAGGAAACCCCUUGGUUGCUGCUCACGGCGCAGUUGUGCUCCAUGGUCUGGACAAAGCUGUGAAGAACAUGGACAACAUCAAGGCUACCUACGCUGAACUGAGCGUGCUGCACUCUGAGAAACUGCACGUGGACCCCGACAACUUCAGGCUGUUGGCUGAUUGUCUUACCAUCGUCGUUGCCGGUAGACUGGGGAAUGGUUUCACAGCUGAUGUGCAGGCAGCGUUCCAGAAGUUCCUGGCUGUUGUAAUCUCUGCACUGACAAAGCAGUACCACUAGACGCUGAAUGGACUUUGACUGAUAAAGAGAAUCAUCACAUGUUUCCUGUUUAAAAACGAGCCUGUUUUUGUCAGUUAAAGCAAAUAAACAAGAUCAGAACUGAA